CGCAGCUUAGGCGUUAACGGACAUUGGCGGGAAAAACUCAAUCGCCGCAGAAGUCGGCUUCCAAGGGAAGCAUUUCUCAGUAACGAAACGAACCCCCUUCGGAACCAUUGUAUUUUAAUCGCCGAUUCUCAUAAUAGGGUCCGUGGAUGACGAUUUUGAGGUCUCGAGAAAUAGUCCCAGUUGAAACCCUAAAGAAACGCUUCAUGGAUAAUUCCACUUCCUCCAAGCCCAAUGAGACCUCAACUCCCAAUUCUUCGCCUUCUCGCAAUUCUCAUUGUUCUGUCCAAGAGCCAUAUAUGGGUGCCCAUAUGCCCGAUUCCGGUUCACUUUCGGGUUCUGCGUCCAAUCUCAGGCGGAGUCGUCGAAUCGCUUCGAGAUUGAGUCGCAGUGAGGGUUCCGGCGAAGUCGCGGCGUCCGGAGGGCGCCAGAAUUCCGGAGUGAAUCAGGUGUGCUCGGUUGAGGGGAGGUGUGAAUCUGGUUCGGGGAAUGCGAAAGGUCGGGUUCUGGGUUCUGAUUCUGUUGGGGAGGAGGAUGAGGUUUUGGAAGUGAAGGAAAGAGUCGAGAUGGCAGAGAGGGGUUUGGGUGGAUUGGAUGGAUCGGAAAUUACAGAGUUGGGGAGUAAAGAAGAAGAAAGGAAAGAGCCAAGUGUAAGUUUGGGUUCUGAUUUGGGGAGUUUUGUGGAGAGGACUCGGAGGAGUGAAGAUAUGGUGACUGUGAAACAGUCCAAAGGAAAGAGAAAAUUAAGCUUUGAGGCCAGUCCCUUGGAUGAUGAGGAUAAAGGGUUUCUGGGUUUGCGGUCUGGGAAGAAAAUUGUCAAGGAAAUAAUGUGUGGAGUCGAUCGCAUUGAGAGUGAUGGUGGUAAGUAUGUUGUUGAGCAAGAACGUGGAGGAGAAGAUAAAGGUGUAAAGGUUCAGGGUCAUGGAAAUGGAGAGGCUGCUGUGGAAGAAUUACAGAAAGACCCAAGUGCUAAUGAGAAUGGAAGUGUUAGGGGAAGGAGGAGAUUCACUGGAGAAGAAAAGGGGAAGGGAAAAUUGGUGGAGGAUGAUGAGCCACAGAACAGGAUUGAUGCAGUGAAAUUGGAUUUGAACUUGGAAUUUAAGAAUGUUAUUGACAAUAUGAGUGCUGAUGAAAAUGAUGCUGUUGAGGGUGGACAGAGAUACAGCAGAGAAGAAAAAGGGAAGGGUAUAUUGAUUAAUGGUGAUUUAGCACCGAAUGCAGUUAAUCCUGUGGAUUUUAAUUUGGAAUCUGAAGUUAAGAAUUCGGUUGACACUGCAGUUUCAGAGUCUAUUCAGUUGGAGGGCAAUGUAAGAUUACAGGUUCAGAAUGAGGUUAUACAGACUAGCGUGACAGGGAUUGCAUCAAGAGCAAGGACCCGGUUCCGAGAUAUAGCCAGACGAAAUGCAUCUCGAUUUGCUCAUUUUGCGCCUGAACAGGAGAUGGAGAACCAUCCCUCUCGUGAGGCUGAAAUUCAAAGGCCAUCGGAAGGAGGGGAGAAGGAAAAUGAAGAUUGGCCUGGUCCCUUUUCAACUGCUAUGAAGAUUAUUAAGGACAGAGAAAAGAAGCAGAACACACAGCAGAAUUCCAGUUCAGACAGAAACAGACCUGCACAUGUGAUAUGGAGUCCUAGAAAGGUUAAGAGCGGUGAGCGCCCAAAACCAUUGGCCCCCUCACUGCAAGAAAUGUGCCUUGAAGUUCUUGCCCAGAAUGGUGAUGCAAUCACCUCUCUUGAAAGUAUCCCAGAUGCACUGAGGCACAAACUAAGUCAGUUGCUCUGUGAUUCUCGGAGAAUGAACAGUCAUAUCCUUGAGCUCCUUGUCAGUGGAUCACCUUUUGAGGUGUGUGUGAGGGAUUGUUCAUGGCUAACAGAGGAAGAGUUUGCAAGAAUCUUUAAGCGUUGUGACACCAACAGCUUGACAGUGCUACAACUUGACCAAUGUGGGCGGUGUAUGACAGAUUAUGUUUUAAGGGCUACCUUUGAUAUGUUGUCAAAUGGCCUUCCUGCAUUAACAACUGUAUCCCUAAAAGGUGCAUGCCGUCUUUCAGAUGCAGGGCUAAGAGCACUUGUUUCUUCUGCCCCCAUGUUAAGAUCUAUAAAUCUCAGCCAGUGCUCUCUUCUAACUUCCGCUUCUAUUAAAACUUUAGCUGAGACAUUGGGAUCUGUUCUGAGAGAAUUAUAUAUUGAUGAUUGCCAAGGCAUAGAUGCUAUGCAUAUUCUAUCGGCUCUGGAGAAACUAGAAUAUUUGGAAGUGUUGUCAGUGGCAGGCAUUCAAACUGUUUGUGAUGAUUUUAUCUGGGAAUUCAUUAGUGUACAUGGCCCCACUAUGAAGGAGCUUGUUUUAACUGAUUGUUCGAGAUUGACUGAUUUUUCUUUGAAAGCUAUUGCUGAGACAUGUCCUGAAUUACGUGCUCUUGACUUGGGUAACUUGUGCAAGUUGACGGAUUCUGCAUUUGGAUAUCUUGCAAGUGGUUGUCAAGCAAUGCAAACACUAAAACUCCGCUGCAAUUCAUUCAGUGAUGAAGCUAUUGCUGCAUUUCUAGAGAUCUCGGGGGGGUCUUUAAAAGAGCUUUCUCUCAAUAAUGUUAGCAAGAUUGGCCACAAUACAGCCAUAUCACUUGCCAGACGCUCAAGAGAGUUGAUACGUUUGGACCUAUCUUGGUGUCGAAAUUUGACAGAUGGGGACCUGGGAUUUAUUGUGGAUAGCUGCUUAUCAUUGAGGGUGCUUAAACUUUUUGGAUGCACACAGAUUACAAAUAUGUUUCUGGAUGGUCACUCAAAUCCUCAGGUGGAAAUCAUCGGAUUGAAGCUGACUCCGAUAUUGAAACAUCUCAAGCUGACUGAUCCUCAAUCAUUUCCACUGUAGUUUCUUCUGCUUCAGUGUGAUUUCAGUUUUUGUAUGGUGUUGCGAUUGGUCUAAAACAUUAAAGCAUACCUGUCUGGUCAAGCCAUCCUCCUUUGUUAUUGUUAAAGGGGGUAUGGGAAAGAAAGGAAGUACGGAAGCAAUACUGUUUGCAGUAUAACAAUGAAGUGCGAAUGGUAGAAUUUUGUAGGAAAGGCAGCUCUGUGAGUGGUAUGGAUGUCUGUAACAUUUGAGUCAAUAUGUUGACUUCCCAACUGGUUACUGUUAACAAAUACAGAACCAUGUCCCUUUUUCCAUA